ACAAUGGCUCCGAACCUCCGUUCUACCUCCCGAGCCACCUCGAACAACUCGCGACUGUCUACUCCUAUGGAUGCAUCGCCGGCAGUGGAUUCCUCUUCCUUCACUGAAUCUACGAGACCGCGCAAGCAGCGACGCACCGGUCGGAACACUCGUAUUGGUGUGGACCCUGCACCGGACGUCGACAACUCUCGCGAAGUGACAGCUGAAUCGCAAGCAAGGCAAUCUCAGCCACCCCAGCAAGCACCAGAAAAUAUUACGGAAGUACAACAAGAGCAUGGACAGCAUGAGCCUCAGCAGACAGGGCCCCGGGUGGAGUCCUUUGGUAACUUACAAUCAUUCCUGCACCCGCCCAACACCCAGUGGGUUGAGCCUCCCCUGAGGCCGGCGCAGCCAAGUUACCGAGACACACCAUGGUCAGCCGUGUCGAGCGACAAGAACCCAGUUCUCGCCUCCAUGCGGCCCCUCGGAACGAUGCCAACGGCAGCCGACCUGCGCAAAGUCGGCUUGAUGGGUAAAGCCAAAUCUCUUCCGCGCCCUUCCACCGCCAAUCCCAAAGGGCCGAAGAAGACCGUCAGCCAGGAGAACGGUGCAAACCGCGCCUCACCGAUCUCUCGUGAGGUCACUGCCGACCUGGCAUCGCUCCCUCUCCCGACGUCGAGCGAGUACGACGUCGGGAGGAUGAAGUCCGUGGUCGAGUCCGCGAUUCGGCAUGCUGACGAUUCCCAGAAUCGUGCAGUUGCCCGUGGACUUCGCCGCCUCUGGGCCAAAAGCAGCACGGACCCGUUUAUUCUGUCGGUACUAGACAGCGUCAUCCGCAAGGAACCGGGUCCACGCCAGAAGGCCGUCUUCAAAGCGGUCAUGCGGGACGCCUUCAAAAGCGUCAGGGCCGAAGCUCCCCUUAAGGGCUCGGUGCCAAUCACUCGCACCCGCUCGGCAACGAGUACCAGCUCGUUGUCGUCCGCCAAGUCCCUCGACGCAGAUUCGUCUGCGCCGAGGAUGACUUCUGGCGGU